AUGUACAAUAAUGAAUCACGUGUAUGUAAUAGAGAGAAACCAUUAAAUAGAGCACAAGAACGUGAUUUUUCUGCUAUAUCUAAAUUACUUAUAACACUUCGUGAACAAAUUGUACCUUAUCCAAAUGAAUAUUUUCAUGGUCGAGGUAUUGUUCUGACUGUUGGACAACAUCAAUUAAAAUUUGCAAAAGUUAAUUUAAAAAUGAUUGAACAUAGUGGUACCCAAUUAGAUAUUCAGAUAUGGUAUUCAUUCAGUCAAAUUUCAGAAGCAAUAAUGAUGGAAUUGCUUAAUAAUUCAGCUAAACUCAACUUAAGUAUAUGUUGUUUUGACACAGCUCAAUGUAAAACUCGUACAGAAACUUGGCAACUUGAUCCUGCUCAUGUCUACAAACCUGGUGUAAGCAAACUGAAGAAAUCUUUUCCUUUUAAACCUGCAGCAAUUAUUAGUGCAACUUUUGCUGAAGUACUAUUUCUUGAUUGUGAUGCAUAUAUCACACGAGAUCCAAUAGAUCUUUUUCUUUUCGAUCCAAUGUAUCUCAAGUUUGGUGCUCUUUUUUUUCCUGAUUCUUAUCAAAGUCGACAACAUCCAACUGUAUGGAAUUUAUUUAAUACAACUUGUGGUGAACAUGAAUAUGAACUUGAUAGUGCAACAAUAUUAGUUGACAAAAAACGUGUUUGGAAUGGACUUUAUAUGACAAAAUUGAUGAAUGAUAAUCAUAAACUAUUCUAUAAAUAUGUUACAGAUGGAGACAAAGAUACAUUUCGAUUCGGUUUUCGUUAUAUGGAUGUAAAAUAUUAUAUAGUGAUGAUACCAUGUUCUACGGGUUCAUUUGAUGGUAUUCAUUUUUGUGGUUGGACUAUUUGUAAGACAGAUAGUCUUGCACAACAUAUUUACGUUAAUCAUGUUCAUAUGUUCAAACAUGUUGGUAUUAGUUAUUCACCAGCUGACCUCGAUUAUACUCGCAUUGCUCUUGGCGAUCCAAAUAACAAUUCAUUUUCUUUUAUUCAAUGUCGAUCGAUCGAAAUAUCCAAAGUUUGUUUUCAUAUUGGAAGAAAGCCUUAUCCACAAUUUAUUAAUAAUCGAUGUUAUAGUGGUGGAAUUCAAUCAGAAGAAUUUGAGUAUCAUCAAUAUACACUGGAUGAACCAUUGUUAUCUCAAGAAUCAAAAAAGAAUCAAAUAUUAAUAAGCAAAACAAAUAAUUUGAUGCCUCAUUUUGUUGAUAAUUUACUGAAAUAUAUCCAAUAA